CGAGUUCAUUUUCAUCAUUUAUUUAUCUAUCUAUUUAUUUAUUUAUUUUUUAUUUAAUUCCGAAUGAAAUGUGCCGGAAAUAAUUCCUUGAUAAAAAUUAAAAAACGAGGUUGGUGUCUUAGAAAGACUCAUCUGUUCAAAUGGGGAGCGGAUCAUCAACUCCUUCAGAGCAUAGGACGAUCUUUAUCAAACCUGAUAACGAUCCCAAGGAGACCGAAUAUCCCAUUAAUCGAGUCGCUACAAACAAAUACACACUAUGGAACUUCUUGCCGAAGAAUUUGUUCGAACAGUUCCGGCGAGUGGCGAAUUUCUAUUUCCUCAUCACAGCCCUGAUAGCAGUCUCUAUCGAGUCGCCAGUAUCACCACUAACCAGCUCUCUACCUUUAAUAUUUGUAAUUUUAGUAACAGCCUGCAAACAGGGCUACGAAGAUUGGCUUCGAUACCGAUCUGAUCAACGGGUCAAUCGUGCCCUCGUUACGGUUAUUCGUAACUCGUGUGUUCAGGAUAUUUAUUGCGAAAACGUCGUAGUUGGGGAUCUAGUGAGGGUAAAUUGUGACGAAGAUGUACCUUGUGAUUUGGUACUUCUAUUCAGUAGCGAUCCGACUAGCAGCUGCUACGUCACUACAUCAAAUCUCGACGGUGAGACAAAUCUUAAGACUUUGCAAGUUCCCAGAAUUCUUUCCAGCUCGUCAAUCUCCGAUAUCGUAUCGUUGGAGGCAACAAUUACUUGUCAGCAUCCACUGGCUGACUUGUACAACUUUCACGGUAAGAUGGAGGUAAAUUUUGGCGAUGAAAGAAACACCGGCUUUCUUACUGUGGAUAAUCUGCUGCUUCGAGGGGCAAGAGUAAAGGACACGGCUUACGUUAUCGGCUGCGCUGUUUACACAGGACGAGAUACGAAACUUUCUUUAAAUUCGAAAAUUACAACAAACAAGUUUUCGACGGCGGAGAAAUCCAUCAACAAAUAUCUCAUUCUAUUUAUCGUUAUACUGGUGGUCCUAAUUUUCUCUUCAGCACUGACGAAAGCUCUUCUCGAGUUGAAUCCAACCUGGGAUGAAUACGUGGGAACAUCGGACCCCAUUACUACGUACACCUUCAUAGUUGAUGUCCUGGCCUUUGCGAUUCUUUACAAUUACAUAGUGCCAAUAUCCCUGUACGUAACAGCUGAGAUGCAAAAAUUUCUCGGUUCGUUUUACUUUGCCUGGGACAUUGAAAUGUACGACGAGGAAUCGGACCAACCGGCUUUGGCUAAUUCGUCCGAUUUAAACGAGGAGCUUGGCCAGGUUGAGUAUUUGUUCACUGACAAGACCGGUACACUUACUGAAAAUCUGAUGGUAUUCAGGCGGUGUUCGGUAGACGGAAAGACUUACUUGGAACGAGAUUGUGACGGCAGUCUUUACCUGCUCCCCGAGAACGGCGAUGAAACUUGUGCUGAAAAGCUCACCGUGUGGAAGCCAGAGAUUUGGCACUUCAUGAUUGGCAUUACUCUCUGCAACGUUGUCCACAUAGCACCGCCUAGCCAACGUGCCAGUAUAGUAACUCGACGGUCUAUAUUCCGGCAAAGUUUUCGGGAAAAAAAAACUACAGUCGUCAACAGCUCGCUACUCAUGGACCCGAAUCUACCGGAAUAUCAAGCAGCAUCGGCGGACGAAAAAGCUUUGGUGGAAGCAAGUGCCAGAUGUGGAGUGGUAUUGCAAAAGAAUAACGGUGACGAAAUGGAGAUACGGAUAAACAAUGACUUGUUAAAAUUUAGGAAACUGGACACGUUUGAAUUUACUUCAGAAAGGAAAAGAAUGUCCGUUAUAGUCCGAGACGGUGCUGGAGACAUAUGGCUGUACUGCAAGGGUGCUGACGCAUCAGUUUACCCGUUAAUCGUAAAGGGCAAAGUGGCGGAAUCGAACAAACACGUCGAGGAUUUUUCCGGGCGAGGCUUGCGCACGCUUGUAGUCGGGUUCAAGAAAAUUUCAAAAUCGGAUUACGAUCGCUUAAUGGUCAGUGUGGAACGUGCUAGACAAAUUAUUGGCCCAGAACGCGCUGCCCACGUGGAACGAUGUUACAGAUCGGUGGAAAAAGGCUUAACGCUUCUUGGCGUUACUGCCGUCGAAGACAGAUUACAGGAGGGUGUUCAGGAAACGCUGGAGUCCUUACGAGCAGCUGGGAUUAAAAUCUGGGUUUUAACAGGGGACAAGGGAGAGACUGCAGAGAAUAUUGCUUACCUCUGCGGUCACUUCAAAAAAGGCACCGAGAUAUUGAGACUAAUGGGUGAGGCCACAGCAGAAAACUGUUGCGUAGCACUCACUAGUUUCAAACAAAAACUUGAAUUGGAGCCUUACAAGCAGUUCGGGUUGAUAAUGGACGGUGCGAGCAUGACAACAGCAUACAGGGACUGCCCAGACUUAUUACGAAACGUCACGAUGGCUUGCGAAUCCGUUGUGUGCUGCAGAAUGUCUCCUCUUCAAAAGUGUGAGAUGGUGCAAUUGAUCAAACAGUCAGACAAACUACCGAUUACCGCAGCUAUUGGUGACGGAGGUAACGACGUGUCAAUGAUACAACAAGCUCAUGUCGGUAUAGGCAUAAUGGGAAAGGAGGGACGUCAGGCGACAAUGAGUGCCGAUUUUGCUUUCGCUAAAUUCAUGUUCCUCCGACGGGCUCUCCUGGUACACGGUCACUGGUACUACAUACGUAUAAGCAUUUUAACACAGUACUUUUUCUACAAGAAUUUAACCCUGGUCGUGCCCCAAAUAUUCUUCGGCAUACACAGUGGAUUUUCUACUCAGGUGCUAUUUGAUAGUGUUUAUCUAAUGUGUUACAACGUGAUAUUUACUUCAAUUCCCGUACUGGUUUACGGUUUAUUGGAACAGGACCAUGUAGCAGACGAUCUAUUGAAGUUUCCUCAACUGUAUAAAUUGUACAAAAGAAAUUAUUUACUAACAAACAAACAGUUUUGUUUGUGGAUGGUCAGUGGUAUGUGGCAUGCAUCAGUAUCGUAUUUCGUGCCCUUCGGUUGCUGGUGGAUCAAUCCCGCUAUUUUAUACGACAAUACCCCAGGUGGUCACUGGGCCUACAGUACCUUGAUUUACUACGUCGUUAUUGCGGUGUCUAAUAUUAAGCUUCUGUUACACAGCACGUAUUGGACAAUUCCUUUUACAAUCAGCAUAGUAUUAUCUUGGUUGUCAUUCAUUCUACUCUCGCUAGUCUAUUCAUCGUUAGGGAUAGUGUACGACGGAGACAUAGUCUAUGUAAUGAAUAAGUUGUGCCUAUCCAUAACGUUCUGGUUGUUGACAACUGUUACAGUGGUAAUCGGUUUAUUACCGGAUUAUGCGAUUGUGUUGUACAACAGUUAUCGACCAAUGCGAGUUCACAAGAAAAAUCUGCGCAAGAGUCAUCAGAAAUCGGAAAUUGAGGAUUCGUCCAGUGGCAAUGGUCACGCUGGAAUCGGAAGGCGACUACUCAAUUUUUCCAUGCGGAAGUACAAACUCUCAUUCACCAAAAUGAAAUGAACAGUCCGAGCACCUCGUGACGAAGGGUGAUUCGCAAGAGCUUGAUUAUGCUUGGCCUGGAAAGAACAAUACAUCAAAACCAAGUGAAUCGACUUUCAUCUUGUAUAUUAAUU